AUGAUUCUCUUAUGGCUUAUCCCAGCAUGUCUUGCAACACUCCUUCUCUUCGUGGUCGUGGAACACGUAGCGAUCUAUCUUUCGGACCCGAAGGGACUUCGGAGGUACCACAACCUCAACCUUCUUUGUGGUAUUACCAACCUAGGAUACAUCCUCCAUCUUUGGCGUGGGGAUGUAUUUCGAACGCGCGAACUGACGGAAGCCCACCGUCGUCACAAGGUGGUCCGCCUCGGACCAAAUGCUCUUUCCUUUGGAGAUUUGCGAGCAAUCAAAGACAUCUACGGACAUGGCACUCCGUGCUCCAAAGGCGACAUGUAUUCCGUGCCGGCCGGCGAGCAUCGGAGCAUUCUGGAUAGCGUGGACAAACAGGAGCAUGCCGAAAAAAGGAGGCGAUUGGCCGCUGCAUUCGCAACCAAGCAUCUCGAGGCGUGGGAAUGGAAAGUCGUUGACAAAUGCGAGAUGCUUGUGGCACAAUUAGAUCGCCGUUGUGUCCCUAGUCUCAAGGAGGGUAUUGUUGACACCGAGAUGGUCGACCUGCGAAAGUGGACGAAUCUCUUCACCGUCGAAGCCAUUGCAGAUAUCGCUUUGAGUGAGCGCCUUGGGAUGCUCGAAGCUGGCGACGACAAGAUACUGGCUCUAGAGAAGAACGGUAUGACCCGCGAAGUGAGCUUUAUCAACAGUCUCCACGGAUUGGGGCGAUCAAUAGCCCCAAUCGUAUGGUCGGGGCGAGCUUAUGGUCUCCUAAAACGGGUGGUGCCCGUGUUCUCAACGAGCUUCCAAAAAGAACAGGCUAAGAAUACUACCUACGAUGACAUUGUUCGCUGGUUAGUGCAGAAUCGUAUACGGAGACAAAUCAAGGGGGAAGCACUGGAUGACUUCUUCGCCUCCCUCUGGCAUGACAAGCAGGGACAUGUGACGAAUUUACAGGUCGGCGAAAUCGAGGCUGAAGUCAGCGUGUUUAUGAACGCCGGGUCCGACACUACAGCCAUAGCAUUGACACAUGUCCUGUACUACCUACUCAAAAACCCGGAGAAGCUCGCAAAACUACAGAAAGAACUGGAUCAGUCCCUGGGGCAGCAGGAUGCAAUACCUUCAUAUGGGGCAGUAAAAAAUCUGCCAUAUCUGCGAGCUUGCCUUGACGAAUCUCUGCGCCUUUCGCCGCCCGUGUCUUUUGGUCUCGAGCGCAAAACGCCUCCAGAAGGAACAACAAUUGCUGGUCAGUGGGUCGCAGGCAACACGCUGGUCUCGGUCCCGGCAUACACGGCACACCGGGAUCCAGUCGUAUUUCCCGAGCCCGACAAAUUCGUUCCAGAAAGAUGGCUCGUAGACGGGGCAAAGGAGAUCCAAAAGUAUUUUAUCUCGUUCAGUGCGGGUGCCAGGGGCUGCAUCGGCAGGAAUAUCACCUAUAUCGAGCAGUUUAUGCUCAUAGCAACUUUGGUGCAACGUUACGAUCUGGCCUUGCCAUACAAGGACUGGGAGUUGACGUGGGAAGAACGCUUUAACCUUUGGCCUUGCGCCUUGCCACUGAGGAUAUCGCGCAGGUGUAAUAAGGACUAA